AUCCCUCGGCCUCUCUACCUUCAAAUACUUUUGAUGUUCAUACAAACCAACGAUUAUGUUCGGUUUUGUUGAAUGAGUUCAAUUAUCUUCCUUGGUCAAGAUCUGUGCAGUUAGCUCUUGGUGGAAGAUCAAAGCUUGAGUUUAUUGACAAAAGUACUGUUGUUCCUGAUGUCAAUUCUUCUCAGUAUAAAUCUUGGAUUGCCCAAGAUAAGAUGGUGCAGACAUGGCUACUUAAUUCUAUGGAAUUACAUGUUGCUGAAAUUUUCAGUUAUUAUGAAUCUUCUGCAGAUUUAUGGGAUGCUGUUAAAGAGAUGUAUGGAAAUCAAAAUAACGCGGCACGAGUUUUUCAACUCAAAAGAGACAUUGCAUGUCUUCAACAGGAAGCUUUUGGCUAAUCUUGCUCCUGAUUACGAAGAUCUCCGUAGUCAUAUACUUAUGAAUUCUGAGCUUCCUUCUCUAGGGAGUGUUUGUGCUACUAUUCAACGGGAAGAAGUCCGAAGAAAGGUCAUGAAUUGUAACCUCAAAACUGAGGUAUCUGAAGCCCGAGAAUAUAUGUUCAAUCAUAAACGAUCUGAAGAAAGAAGUUACAAGGGAAAGAGACCUGAGUUGAAGUGCAAUCAUUGUCAUAAUCUUGGUCAUACAGUGGACCGAUGUUGGGUACUUCAUCCUGAAUUGAAGCCUAAGUUUCCGAGAGAGAAUAUGCCUCAGAAACGGACUCAACCUUCGGGAUAUAAGGCUAAUCAUGUUACAACCAUGGCUGGAGAUGGAUUGUCAAGGUUCUCCUCAAGUCCAAUAACUCUUAUUAAUGAGUUUGCUUCUUAUCUUCAAGCAAAGCAAGGUGAAUCUGAUAACAAUGGGAAGUCAGCUGCCUUACAUGGUCAAUUUGCUGGAUUUCUAUCUGAAGAUAAAAAUGGUGCAACUGAUGACACAUCAGAUUCAGGUGCCACUGACCACAUCACAAAUAAUCCUACAAAUCUGUUUGAGUUUAAGUUCUUAUCUCCACCUUCCCAAAUAUGUGUUGCUAAUGGUAAUACUGUAUCUGUUGUUGGACAGGGAAAGGAUUUAGUCACCAAGAAGACGAUUGGUGAGGGAUUUUUCUUUCAAGGCUUAUAUUAUCUUCUCAAAGAUUUUCACAAGGGAUUUCAUUACAUUCGGAUGUCUGGGGUCCUGUUCUUGAGUCCUUUGAUGGUUACAAAUAUUUUGUCACCUUUGUUGAUGACUUUUCUAGAUUCACCUGGUUGUAUCUCUUGA